CUGAUGUAUGAUUGUCUUCAUGGUGCGCGGUCCUUUUUAACGAUCCCAGUGUCUUGCAGGAGAAAGAGGGGGCCCGGGUCAAGGCCGAAAUUGAAGCUCUUCGCACCGGGAAAGAUGAACUUAUGAACCUCAAUGCCGCCGUCACAGAGCGUGGAAAGGCGCUCGAACAAGAAGGGGCGACACUUCAAAGAGCCUUGGAGGCUGAGAAGUACCGCUGUGAGCAAUUGCGAACGGAGAUUGCCAGUAGCACACGCACAUUGGAAGAAGAGGCUGCUCGUAACACGCAAGAGAAGGAAACGCACGCAUCCGAACUGAAACGAAUGGAAAUGGACAUCAUGCAGAAGGAUGAUGAGAUCCAGAACCUUACUUCUCUCCAGUCGAGCCAUGCGUCGCGCAUCGAAGAGCUGGGUAAUGAGGUAAAGCGACUGAAAGCCGAACUUGCGAGCGAAACUGAGGCCAGCUGCUCGAAAUACGAGGAGAUCAAACAACAGUUGGAGAACGCGAAGAGUGAGGUCGCGAAAGCGAAAGCCCAGCUGACCGCAGAUCUCGAUGCCAAACAUGCCGCUCAGCUCGCGACUCAGCUCGAGGAGGAAGCAGCCAAGCGAGCGGAGCUCGAUCGCCAACUGGCCGAGCACGUCAAGAGCGAAGAAUCCAUCAAUAGAGCCAAGUCUGAGCUCAAGGAGCAGCUCUCCGUCGAGUGCGCAAAACUACUGGACCUGAAAAAUGAGCAGGAGAACACCCUCAAGAAGCAGGAGGUAGAAUUGAAGACUCUCAAAGCGUCCCAUGAGGAAGAGCGGGCUUUCAUCGAAGAAGAGGUCAAAAUAGUCGUAGAUGCUCUCGAUGAAGAGAAAACCGCGAACGCCGAGCUACGAAGAGCGUUGGGCACAAGCAAGGAGAAGGAGGCGGCUUGGACCGAAGAGCGUCGGGCCUUGGACGAAAAGGUUCAGCGUCUGCGCGAAAGUCUUGAAGCCCAGGAAGCGCGUGUCGCGGUUUUCGAAAAAGAAAAGGCUGCUAAGACGGUGGAGGACAACUCUGCCAAGGAGCGCAACGCCAAAUCUGCAACGGUCACGCAACAACAGCGACGGGAGAUGGAGGAGUAUGUCGAUAACGUGCUCGAUUUGAUCUUUACCUUACCACAGGUAAGCGUGGGCGGCGACAUGGCAUCGGAGAUAAGCGGUCUUGUUGGGAAAACCAUGAAGACGGCGUUUAGCCUCAGGGGUGGGGAGCGAGUGUGUCUCUGGGUGUAGUAGUCGUUUCCGCAGUUCUUUCACAGCGAGUAGAUCCGGUAGGCGUAAAAGUAGUUCAAGUCCCGUUCCUUUACAAUUUACACGAAACCCCUUUCUAGAACAAUGGCUAUGGAAGGGCUUCUAUAUACAAUAAUCUCAUAGUCGAAUGAUCCUCAAAUAUAUUCAUUUCCAACGAAGCGAACCUCGACUCCAUCUGCGUUUUUGGUGUGGCCAUUGACGAUUAUCUCCGUCAAGCGAUUGCAGCCGUAAACCUUCACCUUUGCCAAAGAAGGGCAAGAGUCGACCAGCUGCUUCAGAACGAAAUCGUCGACGUUUCUGAUGAUGGCAACAUUUGAUGAGUCUGUGAUAGUAAGGACUGGUUAACAGCGUUUGAUGGUGGCAACACUUACCGCACCCAUGACACGUCCAACUCCCGCAAAUUUGGGCAACUGGAGUUAGAAGUCCUCAUCAGCAACCCCAUUCAGUCCACGAUACCGAGCCUUAGCCACUCUCUUCU